UUUUUCGAAAAUAGGAGAAGCGCCACAUCAGUAGUGAACGCAUGGCUUGGAGCGAACUCUUAGACCACGAGUAAUGACGGCAAGUGUCGUUCCCGAGCAGCCAACCGCAGCGCGUCCUGUACGCGUGACGUGGAGCAGCCUCUCGAUUCUUCUGAGUCUCGUACUCUGCCUCAACAUUGUUCUCACGCCGCUGAAAGCCUACCUCUGCGAGCCGUACCCAUGGCAGCUACCGCCACUACCCUCGAUCCUCAGCGCGCCCGACACUCCGUGGUCUGCUGUUGAGGCGACGCUUCUUGAAGCGGCCAAUCGCCGGUACAAUAGCUCGGUCUUUACCCGUGGGACAUAUAUCUUUGACGCGGAGACGUGGACAUGUGUCUACCGCGACGUCUUUGAGAUCCAGCCGCCACCCAAGUCGUGUCAAAUCGACAUUAUGACGCAGUUGAACGCUGGCGUCUUUCUGCCGCAUUCGUUUCAAGAGAGUCUCUGCGCCGCCGUCUCGAACGCAUCAUUCUCAGUCAGCGCUUGCUAUGAGGCGCAGCUCUUUGCCUCGACCUUCAAUGUUGGCUGUGUCUGGACAAUACCAGGCAACGACUCGGUGAUCGUCCACGGAGCGUACCGCAUGACAUCGUCGGUCACUGUUCUAAGUGCCAAGUUCGCAGCGCGCGUCUCGCUCACGCUCUAUAUGGCUGUCGUGAUCUGGCGUCGGUACUAUCGGCAAUACCGCAGCCUCGCAAAGCAGUGUCAACGCUAUGCAAAGGUUGCCCGCGUGCACAUUUGCGUCGGUGAUCCCACGAGCAUCUUCCUCCUGCAUCCUGUACUGUGCCUCUGCUUGGUGCUCGACGUCUGGCAGAGCGUCGGGACAGUGUACUUGGAGAUGCUCGCGGUCCUUCAGACGGAUGACUUUUGGCAGUUUGCACUUGGGUACCUCUACCUCUCUCGCAGCGUGUGGUUUUGCUAUUCAUUCCUCUCUUGCACGUCGAUGCUGCUCAAAAAACGCAAGCGCGAGCACUGGUUUUUGCCGCUGGACCCGACCCUUGUCGCGAUAGCAGCCGCCAUGGUCGCAGGCCCCAUCACGAAUAUCAACGCGCGCACACCGGUCAUUCAUCUCUACAUAUGGCUUUUCAACGUCGUUGCGUCUUCGCCCCACUCGAUCGAGACCGUGGGUGCUGUCUUGUGCUUUACGAUCGCAGUCGGUCAACUGCCGCUUCUCGCUGGCUUUGGCCUGCGCUGCAGGCGUGUUUCGCAGCCGGCCGACUAUGCCGCCAUCUCGUUCAACGACAUCAAACAGCGCGUGCUCUUGACCCUCGAGCGUCUCAGCCUCGGCGUGCCCGCCAACGUCCGUCGGCGCGGUGGGUCGAUCCACGCUGUGUGCGCGGGCCUUCCGCGGCUAAAAGUAUCGCCGUGCAUUAGCCAGCGCGGCGCCGACUGCUACCUCAUCUUGUACGACCAACAUGGUGAUCCUACAGAGGUGGUGCGGCUAAGUUUGAAGUCGUGCAUCGAUAUGACUGCCGAAGACCUCGAUGUGCUCGUCCUGCCAACGUUCGACCUGUUUGGUCAUGUGGCGCUCGUGCCAGACGAGUCGACAGGUGUGAACCGGUUGGUGCAGCACACGCCGCUCGGCAGCGACUGCGCGUGGGUCGAGUAGACUCGAAGGAGGCGUGUUAAUACAAAAACGUCGUCCGCGGCCAGA